AUGAUGGAUGCUGUAUCGCCGGUGAACCGAGAAUUUACGCCGGACGGCGAUGAUGAAGAAAUUGGAGUAUAUUUGGAAACUCUCAUCCUGCAGAUUGAUCAUGUUCUUAAUUCGAAUCUGUGCUCUUUAAGGUUAGCCAUUUCACCUGGCAUUAUAUCUGGGAAAAUGAAGAAAGAUGGCAUAAAGGAGUGUUAUUUUGGUGGUGGUGAGGCAGAUGACGGUUAUGAUGCUAUUGUUGUGGGGUCUGGAUAUGGAGGCUCUGUUGCCGCUUGUCGCCUGUCAAUGGCGGGGAUAAAGUGUUGUUUGCUUGAGAAAGGUCGUAAAUGGGAAGCUCAAGAUUUUCCUACUCAUACUUUGAGGAUGUUAUCUAGUGUCAGAUUCGAAAACAAGAGCUCGGGGUUUGGCUUAGGCCCCAACGAUGCAUUGUUUCAGAUACAUACAGAACAUGAUUCUUUAGCAGCGACAGCUUGUGGGCUUGGUGGUGGCUCGCUAGUGAAUGCUGGUGUAAUGCUGCCAACGCCUGUUCGAGCAAGAAGGAACCCGAAAUGGCCCAGAGAAUGGGAGUCAGAUUGGAAGGCAUGCGAAGCCUCUGCAUCAUCCAUGCUUAACAUACAAAGUGUUCCAGUGAAAUUUUCUAAUGCUAAAAUUAUGGAGAAAUUGGUUGGUGAUGAGUUCAAUGAAACCAGCUCUUUAAAGCUAAGUAUAAAUUUUGAUGUAGAAGAACAGGCAGCCCAUCUGAAAAAACCCAAAGAAGUGGGAAGCUGCAUGGCUUGUGGAAAUUGUCUUGCGGGUUGUCCUUACAAUGCCAAAAACUCUACUGACAAGAAUUAUUUGUUCUCAGCUGUUGAGGCAGGAUGUACUAUCAAAACAGAUUGUCAAGUCCAGUAUGUGGUAAAAAACCCAAAUAACACAAAUAUACACAGGAAAAGAGCACGUAGGUGGCUUGUAUUUCUCAAUGAGACUGAUUAUCUAACUUCUGAUUUUGUUAUUCUAUCAGGUGGAGUGUUUGGUACUGCUGAUAUACUAUUCCGGUCACAAACCAGAGGAUUGAAACUCUCAGGCAGCCUUGGUGAAGGAUUCAGCUGUAAUGGCAACAAUGCUGCUUAUCUUGCUGGCUGUACAACACCACUAGGUGCUUAUGGCUUAGGCAAAAAGCAUUUUUCCAACAUACCGUUUCAAGAACGGCCUGGGCCCGCUAUUUCUUCGUCAUACACUUCUUCAUUGGGGUUCACAAUUCAGAGCACGGUGUUACCAACAGCUUAUCCAUACUUGAUCUUUAAAGGGGUUUCAACUUAUGGUUGGCCAACCGGCUUCUGGUUUUUGCAUGGCCUUAUAGAUAAGCUGAAGCAUAGUUUUGGUAUAAAGAGCACCCAAGCAAUGGUCUUAAAUGCAAUGGGGUAUGAUGAGAGUGACGGGAAAAUCACAUUUGAAAAAAACAUUGACAAAAUUAGCUUCUCCCCACCAAACGAUCCCUUGCUUCCAUGCAAAAUCAACGCCUUCCAAAAAUUAACCAAUAAAUUAGGAGGGAUACUGUUCAUGUCGAGAUAUAGAAGCACUUCUGUUCAUCUUCUAGGUGGCUGCAAUGCUGCUUCUGAUCAUUUCGUUGGAGUUUGUAAUUCAAAUGGUCAGGUUUUCGACACCAAGUCUCCUUCUUCAAUUCACUCGGGACUUUAUGUUUGUGAUGCCUCUUUAAUCCCUUGCUCUAUAGGGGUAAACCCUUGUCUAACUGUUGCCACUGCCUCUGAGCAUGUAAGUAGGGGCCUCGUUCAAGAUAUCAAUUCUUACAUGGGUUUAGAAGGAAAAUGUUCCAUUGAUGAAAAAGAUGAUAAAAAGCCUGGUUCAAUAGGGUCUUGGAAGCUAGAGGGGAGAUCAAGAUGUGAUGUUCGGUUUAAAGAAGUUAUGAGAGGGCAUAUUGGCGGUAUGCCUUGUGUUGCCCAUCUCAAAUUGAAAAUGAACACCAAAACAUCGAAGGAUUUUGAUCAAAAAAGUUUGAUUGUUGGAAAAUCUCACCCUCUUUUGAGAGGAAUAGUCGGUGGAUACCUCGAGUUCAAUGCUGUAGAGAGGGACAGAUUACAUAUAAUUGACGGAGAAGUGGACUUAUGUGAAGUGGACAUCAGAACUCCUUAUGCACAGUUCAUGCAUUAUCACCUCCUUCUCACAGCUUCUUCUGGUUCAAGAUAUAUUCUUGAAGGGAAGAAGGUAAUGAACCCUUUUCUUUUAGGACUAUAUGGAUGGAAAGAGUCAACAACGCUGCAAGUGACAUUCAAGAAAGUAAAGAAGAACAGUCCAAGUGAAGAAAUGGUAGACUUAAAAGGAGAGCUUCAUAUAUCUACGAUCGCGCUUCUGGGGAGCCUGAUUAGCAUGGAAGGAAACAACAGAAUGAAGUUUGUGUGGCUCUUACUGCAAUCUCUCUUUAGAACAUAUAUCCUGCAGAAACCAAGAGGGAACUACAUGGGUUUCGCUCCACCAGAACUCCUGAAUAGGUCUUAUCCUUGCAGUACACUCCAUGAGAUAAGAACAGAGGAUGGGUUUGCUAUUGGUUGCAGACAAUGGAAGAUCAAAAAAGCUGAUUCUUGGAGGUUCGAAGGGGAGAAAAGUCCAUAUCCAGUACUACUUAUUAACGGGUAUUCCACUGAGAGCUAUCGGCUUCCUACCGAGCCAACUGAUUUGGUUAGAACUCUACUAGACAAAGGGCAUGAAACAUGGCUUCUCCAACCAAGGUUACACCCUCUUAAUUCUUCAAACUCCUUCACUAUCGAAGACAUUGGCAGAUUCGAUGUUCCUGCAGCCAUUGAUAAAAUCUUGGAGUUGAAUUCGAAGUCCAUGAAGAUUCAUGUGGUUGCACACUGUGUUGGAGGCCUAGCCAUUCACAUAGCUAUCAUGGGAGGUCAUGUGUCUGCGACUAGAAUUGCUUCGCUCUCUUGCACUAAUUCAUCCAUGUUCUUCAAACUCACACCUUCCUCAAGAUUCAAGAUGUGGCUUCCUCUCAUCCCGAUAACAAUGAUGAUAUUAGGAAAAAACAGCAUCCUCCCCAUACUCGAAACAACAAAAGCUAACCCAAAUCAAAAACUGCUAAAAUCUAUAGCCCGUUUCAUGCCACGCUACGAGAGAUGCACUUGCGACGAAUGUGAAGUCUUUUCUGGCAUAUUUGGUAACACAUUUUGGCACAAUAACAUAACAUCAACUCUUCACCACUGGAUGAACAAGAAAAGCCUUCCACGACUCCCCAUGGCUGCUUUUCCACACCUCAGAAAGAUCUGCAACGAAGGGUUUAUAGUUGACAGCAAAGGAAACAGCUCCUAUCUGAUUCAUCCCGAGAGAAUGGCUCUUCCAACGCUUUAUAUAUCAGGUGGAAGGACUCUUCUUGUGACCCCCAAAACUUCUUUUCUUGCUAACAAGUACAUGAAGCUGCACCAUCCUAGUUUUCGACACGAGAGGGUGGUUGUGGAGGGAUUCGGGCACUCUGAUCUGUUGAUCGGAGGAGAAUCUAGUAAGAAGGUUUUUCCUCAUAUACUUUCUCAUAUGGGAUUAGCUGAAAAGGAGGAAAAUCUUGAAGAAAAUGGCAAGGAAAAGAAGGGUUUUAAUGGAGAGGAUGGAUUUGAGGAUGGAAAAUGGGUUAUUGGGGGUUGGAUGUCUCCUUCAUUCACUGUUUGGUUCCUCUUGUUUUUGUUGGCAUUGGGGGUCAUGAUGAAGACCAAUAGACCAUGA